AAUUCAGCAAGUUUUCCAGGCAAUUCUGGUUUUUUUUCACCCGCCCGUCAUAGUAACGCUCUUGGUAAACAAAAUACUAUAACUGUUUCUAUUUGUAACACCCCUCAACAUCUCUUGAUGAGUGACAACUAUUAA